AAACCAUCACAGCUUUAUCUCAUCCUCUUGCGUCGCCGAUUCACUGCCAUUGGCAUAUAUGUAACCCAGAAUUGUACAGAAUCGCAUACUCUGUGGCAGAUAACAGACACUCUAUGGCGUCCAACUUCAAAGCCAUCAUCAUUGGGGGCGGCCCGACUGGGCUCUUGACAGCACUUAUGAUCCAGUCUGCCGGCAUUGACUUUAUCCUUUUGGAGCAGGACGACGAGAUUAUCGUUGAAGAUGGUUACAAUCUCAUCCUUAACCCAGAAAAUAUACGAAUAUUCCACCAGCUGGGGCUAUUCAAAAAGGUGCGCCAAGAUGCAUGCGCCCUCACCACCAAAACAACAUACACACGUGCUGGCUUCCUACACGAAAGCAAUUUGUUCCAUUACAUAAAUGAUGCACACGGUAUGCAUGCAUACUGCUUUCAAAGCGAGAUCUUACUGGAGAUUCUCAACAGAGCUCUGCGGCCCAGCGAGGACAAAAUUCUCGUUUCCAAGACGAUUGCUGAUAUUAAAUGCUCAUCAGAUGAUGUAUCUGUGAUGUGUAUGGAUGGCUCGAUAUAUACUGGCUCUAUCGUCAUUGGCAUCGAUGGCAGCCGCGGCAAGACGCGCCGAAUAAUGCGAGAAAUGGCUUUACGCGACAACGACGUCGAUCGCAAAAUUUGGGAGGCUGAGGGACAAUUUCCAGCACAUUUCAAGUACAUGUCCAUGAAUCUUACGCGCUGCAGCCACAGAGGUACUGUAUCGGAAACACACAGCAAAAACUUGAGUUUAAUGUAUGUGUCCGAGUACGACAAAGCGACUAUCCAUAUCUGCGAAAAGCUGGACAAACCUUCAUUCGAGCAUGUGGAGUUUACGAGGGAUGAUGAGAGCAAGAUUCUCACCAAAUUCAAGGAGUUCAUUGUCGCAGACGCGUCCAUGAUUAUGGACAUUGCGAUCAGAAUCACAACAAGCAGCAUGUCACUUCUAGAAGAAGGCGUUGCUAAGAAAUGGAGCUAUAAACGCAUUGUCCUGGUUGGCGAUGCAUGUCAUAAGGUGUCUCCGUUUGGCGGCCUCAAUUUCAACAUGGGUAUACAAGAUGCGGUGGCGCUUGUGAAUAGCUUGCGCAAAGCUACUGAUGAGAGCGAUACAGACGAGCCCACAGCAGAAGCCAUUGCUGCAGCAUUUAAAGAGUACUAUAACAGUAGGGCCUCCAGUGUAGCUAGGGACUGCAAGAUAUCGGGUGCGUUGCUCCGCGUGAGUGCUUGGAUGAACUGGUUUGCUUGGUUUAUGUCUGUGUAUGUGUUUACGAGCUGGUUCUGGGAGGUACUUGUUCUGAAGCAUAUACUGCCGCGCAGGGGCAAAUCUGGCCUAGUAUUGAAACAUGUCUCUGCGGGAGAAAAGCUCUAUGGUUCGGUUCCGUGGGAUAACAAGAUGACAGAAUGACGCCCCGACAGUACGUUUCCUACAGGAUAACCGUUGAGAUGAACUGGCUUGAUAGAGUAACUGUUGUACAAUAGAUAAUUAUAUAGACAUUUAAUGGGUAAUUGUUUUUUUGUU